CGCAGAGCAUGCCGGGGGUUGUAGUUCUCUGAAGGCGCGGUCGGGCCGCUCCCUCGUCGCCGGACCCGGCGGCCGGACUGCGCAUGCGCGUCAGUGGCGCUCGCGGCGGACCCGGCUGGCAGUUCCUUCCUCCGAGGGAGCGAUUCCUCAGCCAUGGAGUCCUACGAUGUGAUCGCCAACCAGCCUGUCGUGAUCGACAACGGAUCCGGUGUGAUUAAAGCUGGGUUUGCUGGUGAUCAGAUCCCCAAAUACUGCUUUCCAAACUAUGUGGGCAGACCCAAGCACGUUCGUGUCAUGGCAGGAGCCCUCGAGGGCGACAUCUUCAUUGGCCCCAAAGCCGAGGAACACCGAGGGCUGCUGUCCAUCCGCUACCCCAUGGAGCACGGCAUCGUGAAGGACUGGAACGACAUGGAGCGCAUCUGGCAGUACGUCUACUCCAAGGACCAGCUGCAGACGUUCUCAGAGGAGCAUCCUGUACUCCUGACGGAGGCGCCUUUAAACCCACGGAAAAACCGGGAACGGGCGGCGGAGGUUUUCUUCGAGACCUUCAACGUGCCGGCCCUCUUCAUCUCCAUGCAAGCUGUGCUCAGCCUUUAUGCCACAGGCCGGACCACGGGCGUGGUGCUGGAUUCCGGGGACGGCGUCACUCACGCCGUGCCCAUCUACGAGGGCUUCGCCAUGCCGCACUCCAUCAUGCGCAUCGACAUCGCCGGACGCGAUGUCUCCCGCUUCCUGCGCCUUUACCUGCGGAAGGAGGGCUACGACUUCCACUCCUCCUCCGAGUUUGAGAUCGUCAAGGCCAUCAAGGAGAGAGCCUGCUACCUCUCCAUAAACCCCCAGAAGGACGAGACUCUGGAGACCGAGAAGGCCCAGUACUACCUGCCCGACGGCAGCACCAUUGAGAUCGGCCCCUCCCGGUUCCGGGCGCCUGAGCUGCUGUUCAGGCCAGACCUGGUCGGCGAGGAGAGCGAAGGCAUCCACGAGGUGCUGGUGUUCGCCGUCCAGAAGUCCGACAUGGACCUGCGGCGCACGCUGUUCUCCAACAUCGUCCUCUCGGGAGGCUCCACCCUGUUCAAAGGCUUUGGCGACAGGCUGCUGAGCGAAGUGAAGAAACUGGCUCCGAAGGACGUGAAGAUCAGGAUAUCUGCACCUCAGGAGAGACUGUACUCCACGUGGAUUGGCGGCUCCAUCCUCGCCUCCCUGGACACCUUUAAGAAGAUGUGGGUCUCCAAGAAGGAGUAUGAGGAGGACGGCGCCCGCUCCAUCCACAGGAAAACCUUCUAACGCCGGACAUCGUCUCCACCACUCUCUGAAGUUAACUCCACUUUCAAACUCGCUUUCUUGAGUCGG